AUGCCAGCAAAUGGGAUUUUCGAAGCAAUAGUCCACCUUGAUUCCUUUAGAAACAUCGAUUUAUUUUUUAAAGGCUUCUAUUACAUUGAAUGCAAGGCAUAUUUCACAAUGCCAGGGAAUAAUAGGCUCUAUGCAUGUCCUCAAGUUAUUCAUCAGUCUGACGAUGUUUCACAUUACUACGAACAUAAUAUUCUUAAUCCUCAAAUGCUGGAUUCAGAUAAUUUAUAUAGAUCAAAGGUUUUUUUGAUAAAAUAUUGCCAAGAAAUUGUAAAUUUAAGCGAAAUUGUUGUGUUUAGAGCUGAGUUUGAAAUGACAAGACCUAAUAGAGAUAUUCCGCUGAUUGUAGAAACAAAACUGUUUUUCUCAGAACCAAGUAACGCAAUUCCAGAUGAAGAGCUAUUAGACACAAUGAGGGACCCAAGUAGAUUUACUCAGUUUAAACAAGUGGGGUUAAAUAAAUUGAAAAUAAAUCGGCCAAUUUUUGGCAUUAAUCAGAUGAUGCCAGUCUCUUUUUCAGAAUUUUAUUCAUCAGUUUUAAAAGUCUCUAUUCAUACCAUGCUUGUAGAUUUCAAAUUUAAUAAUGGCUAUGACAGUAUUUUCCCUAAAAAUGAUACAAGCUUGAGCUCAGAAAAGCUGGACCGAUUAUAUGAAGAACAUGUGCUGCAUCUUACAAUAAUUCAUAAUAAAAUAUUAAAUUUUCUAUAAAUAAUAUAAGUUUCCUUUACUAAAAUAAAAUAAAUAUAUAUAUAGAAAUUUAUGAUACGAAAUUAUGUAUUAAAAGCAAUAAAUGACACAGAAAUAGAAAAUCUCAGUGAUUGUGUUACUGAGGAAAUAAGUCUGCCUAUAUGAGUAGAUAAUAUCAAUGAAGACGAUUUAUUUUUAGUCCCAGAAGAAGGAGUCUCAAGAUGCUUAUUCAGCAAAUAUGUCAAAACAAGAAAUAAAUAUGAGCUUUUUAGGUUCAUUCUUAAUGAGCUACGCGAAGUUGUCAGCAGUUUAUGCGUAAUAAAACACGCAUUUAUUGAAGUUAUGAGGGUUAGAUCUACUUAUAUUAUAGGAAAAUUUGAAAUUCAGCAUAAUGAAGCCAUUAAAAAUUUUUGAUCACAAUUUAUUUGUAUAGAAAAAAAAUUAUUUCCAUGUGAGCUUUUCAGUGAUUCUGAUAUAAAUUUAGUUCAUAGCGAAAUGACCAUUGCUAUGAGAAAAGCAGUAUUUUAUAAAGGAGACCCUGAUAUUAUUGAUACUUCAUGUAUGGAAAAUGUGCCUAUAAUAUUUGAAGAAGUCUAUGAAAACCUAGAAUCUUCAUCAGAAAAUAAAUACUCCCAAAGCGAAAGCCACCUUUUUGUGCUCGUCCAUGGCUUGUCAGGGUCUUUUAUAGACAUGAAAAAAAUCCGUGACACAAUAGGCUUGGCUUUUCCAAAUGCAGAAUUUCUAAUGUCUAGAGCCAAUGAAAAAAACACUAUGGGAAGCAUAAAAGAUAUGGGAUUUUUGCUAGCCCAAGAAGUAAUUUCUUAUGUCCAUCUACAGAAUUCAUUUAAAAUCAAAAGAAUUUCUUUUAUUGGACACUCAUUAGGAGGCAUCAUUAUACGUGCAGCUUUGGAGCAUCUAGAAAUAUAUAAAGAAAAAAUGAAUAUUUUUAUCAGUUUAUGUUCUCCACAUUUAGGGUCUAUAUAUGGAGAUUCUAAGCUUGUAGGAGCUGGAUGUUGACUAUUAAGAAUGAGCAAGAAAAAUGUUAGUAUUCAGCAAUUGGCCCUUAAAGAUACUGAAGACCCAAGGAACUCGUUUAUUUAUCGCCUUGCUUUUGACCCUUGUAUAGGGUGGUUUAAAAAAAUAUUUUUGGUGAGCUCUUUACAAGAUGGGUAUGUCCCUUUUCAAUCAGCUAGGAUUGAGGCUGGAAAAGGGGUAUUUAAAGAUGAUACUUUGCAGCUGGAAAUGGCGUCUGCGAUUAUGUCAAAUAUUAACGCUGAGGCAGUAUAUAGGAUUGAUUCGAUCUUUGAUAUCCCAGAAAUAUCGCUGGGGAAUUUGAUUGGGAGAGCUGCUCAUGUGCAAGCCAUUGAUUGUGCAGCUCUUUUUAAGAUGCUUAUUUCAAUACAUUAUAGUGUUUUCGCUUAA